AUGAAGCGGCUAAUGGUGCUUACGUCAGCAGUAGUACUACUCGCACUGCCAGCUCUUGUAUUAGGCUCAGCCGUCAAUCCUAAGGAAAAAGGCGAGCCGCUUUUUCCUGAAAAUCAUCCAAACAUCACGUUCCUGACGGACAAGAAUUGGGAUCAACACCUGAAUAAAACAGACAAACCAUGGAUCGUCGACUUCUACCAUCCUUUUUGCCCACACUGCAAGCAAUUUGCACCCUUGUACUUCGAUCUCGCUGCGUAUUACAAAGAAAAGGGAACGCUGUAUGUUGGAGCUAUCAGCUGCAUGGAUCACGUCAAGUGUCGUCGUGUUGGAAUCACAGGAUUUCCAACAUUGAUGACGCUUAAUUUUGAUAAGAGAAAUCCAAAGAUGGAAAACAAGCGAAUUAUCGGUACUCAUACCAUUCAGGAGGUAAAAGAUUACGUCGAUAGCGUGAUCGCCGAGGUGACAUUUAACACAACUGGUGUUUGGCCACCCGGGUACAAGUCGAAAGAAGCAAAGGAAAAGGAAGAAGCAGAGAAAAAGGCUGAAAAGGAGAAGAACGCUGGUAAUAGCACUGAUGCAUCUAAGGGACAAGACGAUAUUGUAUUCCCAAAUGUCACGGAACCAGCAAUUUGGGAAGAGUCGACGCUUCCAAUGAAUCAGACGACACGUAUCCAAGACGCAGCGUCGGCUUUUGUCUUCGGGCUGAAGCAAGGCGUAUUCAUGGCUGGUGAUGUAAUGGAAGGCGACGAGUUUGAUGCGCUAAAAAACUGGCUGAAGGUGGUUUCAGAGACUUUUCCCGGUGCAAUCAAUCGUAAGAUCAUUCGGCCUUUGUACGAGAAAGUAAAGGAAAAGGAGUUACUAGACUUUGACACGUGGGAUUCUACUGUAAAGCAAUGGCAAGAGGGCUCGGUUGCAGCAUUUAAAUCUGAAGAAGCAAGCUAUAAUUUUACCAACAUCAGCGUUCCAGAGUGGCAGCGACUGAACAAUCUAUUUCUGGGCCAGGGAGCCACGUAUCAAGCAUGUGCCUCAUACACGUGUGGUCAGUGGACCAUGUUCCAUAUGUUGACAUUAAACCCACCCGAGACGGGGACACGCAGCGCUGAUCUAAUGGUGUCUGUCGUUGCGUCUAUUCGUCGAUUUAUGAAGCAUUUUUUCGGUUGCGCUGACUGUCGGGACCACUUUUUAAAAGAAAAUACGAUUGAAGCCGUCAAGAAAAUUCAAGAUGCUGAAGACAAGCCACUGGUUUUGCGUCGCUGGCUAUGGGAACAGCAUAAUUCGGUAAACAAACGUCUGCAUCAUCCCAUAUGGCCAAAACCUGAAAUUUGUCCAACAUGUGGCACGGAAGCUGCGUGGGAACUCGUGGAAGUAGACAAGUGGCUUAGACGGACGUUUGCCUACUAUGACGUGGCUCUACCUCUUAAGAAAGUACCGGUAUCUAUACCGGCAGCAACAGCUGCGGCUUUGCGUAAGGAGACGGAUGCUACUAUAACCGCUGCGGAAGCUCCGAAAGCUUUUGAUGAAGAAAAGAAAAAAUCGGCGACGAUUGCGGCGGAGCCAAAGGGAGGGGACGACUACACUCCGAAGGAUGCCGAGCUUGGCAUUAAGAACGCUGCAAACUCUCUCGAUCUAGUUGCUAAUACGAAAGCGGAACCUCACGAUGGAUUGCAAGGAGUAAGUGCUCCUCCUGUCACGUUGUUCGCAUGGUACAUUCUCCCAGUUGCAGCCGUGGGUGGUUACCUAUUGUUUGCGCGCUCGCGCUCGAAGCCGAAGGCGUACCGCCAGAUCCCACGGAAUUAA